UGGGAGCCUCAGCUUUCCACCGGAAAGAGGCUCGCCGCUGUGGGGGAGGAGCCCAAAAGGGAUUGUGGGAGAAAGGCUCUUUCCUUUCCGUCCGGCGGCAGCCAUCAGCUCAAAGGUAGGCCAAGAUGGGCGCUUACAAGUACAUCCAGGAGCUAUGGAGGAAGAAGCAGUCCGAUGUAAUGCGCUUUCUUCUCAGGGUGCGCUGCUGGCAGUACCGCCAGCUCUCUGCGCUCCACAGGGCCCCCCGCCCAACCCGGCCUGAUAAAGCGCGCAGGCUGGGGUACAAGGCCAAGCAAGGUUAUGUCAUAUAUCGGAUUCGUGUGCGUCGUGGUGGCCGCAAACGCCCAGUUCCUAAGGGUGCUACCUACGGCAAGCCUGUCCAUCAUGGUGUUAACCAGCUAAAGUUUGCCCGAAGCCUUCAGUCUGUUGCAGAGGAGCGAGCUGGACGCCACUGUGGGGCUCUGAGAGUCUUGAAUUCUUACUGGGUUGGCGAAGAUUCUACAUACAAAUUCUUUGAGGUUAUCCUCAUUGAUCCAUUCCAUAAAGCUAUCAGAAGAAAUCCUGAUACCCAGUGGAUCACCAAACCAGUCCACAAGCACAGGGAGAUGCGAGGGCUGACAUCUGCAGGCCGCAAGAGCCGUGGCCUUGGAAAGGGUCACAAGUUCCACCACACUAUUGGUGGUUCUCGCCGUGCGGCAUGGAGAAGACGCAAUACUCUCCAACUCCACCGUUACCGCUAAUAUAAGUAAUGUUUGUAAAAUUCUUACCUAAUAAACAAUUUAGGACAGUCAUGUCUGCUUAAAAGUGUUCUUUAAUUUGUCUGUUAAAUUUAGUUGUCUUCAGAUUGUUCCAUGAAUGCAUUGUCAAAUUAUGAAAGUUAAAGUGCAAUAAUGUUUGAAGACUAUAAGUAAUGGUGUAUCUUGUUUCUAAUAAGAUAAACGAUUUUGUCUUUGUUUUAUCUUAUUAGGGAGUUUAUAUGUCCAUGUUGAAAAUGCUGUUUGGUAUAAUAGGUGUAAAAUAAAUUCUGUAAAAGUGGAAUGCAGAAGCUAGCCAUGUAGAUUUAUUGGUGCAUGUAAUGAAACCUACAGCUUCAUUGGGGUGAUGUAAUGCUCUGGUUUACUCUCAAAUAGCUGUUAUUAGGGGUUUGGAAAGAAAGCUUUUAAAACUGGAUUUUGCUUGGAAAUGUGUGAAAAAUAUUCUAAUCUUAAUCAUGAUCAUAUGAAGAACGGUGUUAACUAGGAACCACAUUUUUAGGUUGAAUUAAAUAUUCCAUUUAUGUAACUGCUGUUUUGGAAAGAAUACUUUAAAAGAAAGCCACCAUUUUUUUAAAGAAAAUUGAACAAACCUACCUGUUACAGGAGGAGUCUCUUAAAAAUGAAAAUAAAUCCUGCUUAACCAAAGCAAAAUUGCCUUGGUCUCCACAAUGCAAAUGUGGAGGUUCCUGGUUCUAUCCCACGACUCGGGGGGGGGGGGGAUCUGCAGAAUACUGAGUUUCCUGUAAAGCAGUCAGUUAAUGGUUUUACUCUGGUCUGAAAACUGACGGAAAUUGAACAUUAGGUAAAUGAGAAGACUUAAGAUUUUUAAGCUAGUAACCAAUGCUAGAAGUGGGAAACUGGAGGCCAUCAGAUAACCUUUUAAGUGUGAGGAUAAAAAAUUAAAGUUGGCUUUGAUCAGAAUUUUAAAUACUUUAUCCAUGGUCUUUGUGACCAUUAUGAAUCCACUAGCCACCGUAGGGGGGGAGAUAGGGUUGGCUUUAGAAGUACAUCAUUGUUCGUUCCAAGUCCUAAAUCUUGGGUCAACUCACUUAUCCAUUCCCAUAGGCUAUUGAGAAAAGUCAUGUAGCUGAUGUCAGAACAAGUCUGUAGUUUCCAAUCUAAUCCUUAACAUGUUAUCCACAGUCAUUUUUCUUAUCUUUACUCAAAGCCCUCAAAAUCUUUGCCAUUCCAUAAACUUGCCAGCCCAUCAAUUGUGCCCACCUUGAUGUUAAGUAUAUCAUGAUUCUGUUUCCAUUCUGUCUUUGAGUAGAUGAGGUUUCUGUUUCCCAGGGUGAACUUGAAUGUGUAGGAAAUACAAGAGAGGAAUUGCCCCAAUUUUAAGUUUGCUUACUUAAUCCAUAGUUCGAUUUCAAAAUCUAAUUGCUGGUUUCCUUGAGCCAGUUUUUACAUUUUUUCAGGGGUCUUAGGCUCCGUUAAAUGAUUUCCAGAAAAAGGCUGAAAACCUCUUGAGACCUAAUUCCUUCCCAUUCAAAAAGAGAUCCUAAACCAUAUAUUUUGUGUGUAGAGGUGGUUCAACUAAAGGAAUAAAUGCUUAUCAAACAAAUGGACUUGUUAUCUUUUGUCAUCUAAUACUAAUAAGCAAGCCAAAUACCCUAACCUACAAUAAAUUGUAACAGCAGAAACAGUCACUUUGAGAGAAAAUAAAAUGUAUAGUACUUAG